AUGUCUCAACAACUCCAAUUCUCAGAAAAUGAUCAACGUGAACUCGGACAAUUCCUUGAAGCCGAGCAAGCCAAGGCUCGUGUCCAACAAACUGUUCACUCCUUGACCGAUAACUGUUGGGAUAAAUGUAUCAACAAGGUUAACAACAAGUUGGAUCGUAGUGAAGAAGCUUGUUUGGCCAACUGUGUCGACCGUUUCCUUGACACCAGCAUAUUCAUUGUGAAGAGACUUGAAGAACUGAGAAACAGCGCCAUGUAA